CAAACUCAACAGAGCGCACAGCGCCGAAGAACACGAGCGACAUACUGAAAGCGAUCAGGCGGUACAACGACGCGCAGACGAUAUACAAUGAGGAUAUCUUCGGACCGGUGCAGGAAGACACUGUCAUCAUCGCGAUACAGGUACACACACGUCUGACGUACCUGCGUCACCUGAUCGUGUCGCUAGCGCAGGCGCGCGACAUCGACCGCACUUUGCUCGUGUUCUCACACGAUUACUAUGAUGAAGAGAUCAACACUCUAGUCAGAAGUAUCGACUUUACUAAGGUAAUACAAAUAUUCUACCCGUACUCGAUACAAACGCACCCCAACGAGUUCCCCGGGAUGGACCCCAACGACUGCCCGCGGGACGCCAAGUUUGAACAGGCAAUGAAACUAAAGUGCAUAAACGCGUUGCACCCCGACCUCCACGGACACUACAGGGAGGCGAAAUACGCUCAAACAAAACACCACUGGUGGUGGAAGGCCAACAGGAUCUUCAACCAGCUGCAGUGCACCGCUAAUCAUACUGGUUUGGUACUAUUCCUAGAAGAAGACCAUUACGUCGCAGAAGAUUUCUUACACAUUCUGAGUCUUUUGAAAAGUACUGCGGACAAGAGCUGUCCGCAAUGUGAAAUAAUAUCGCUCGGAACUUAUUUAAAAACGUAUCAAUACCACGCUAACAGCGAUAAGCGUAAAAAACAACUCAGCCUAAACUACAUCCAACACGUGAAGACAGCCAGCGAAGAGAGGAGAAAGAGACAGCAAGAGACCCAGUGGAACUUCCAAGUUUACCCCAAUCUGUAUGCCAGCACGCAAAAGCUGGAGAUCACGCCGUGGCACUCCAGCAUGCAUAACAUGGGUUUCGGCUUCAAUAGAACAGUAUGGCGGAAUAUAAUGGAACUCCAGGACCAGUUUUGUGCCUACGAUGACUACAAUUGGGAUUACUCGUUAUUACAUUUGUCCCAGAAUAGGCCUGGACGGGAGAAGUUCAAAGUUAUACUGUGUAAGGGCCCUAGGGUGUUCCAUAUUGGGGAAUGCGGUUUCCACCACAAAAAGGCCAACUGCAACGCCUCGUCAGUAAUCAGUAGAGUUCAAAAGCUGCUGCAGAACGCCAAGCCCUACCUCUAUCCUACAAGAGUGACAGCCACCUUCACAACAGGAGGGGCGAAGCAUAACAAGAAACUGACUAAGGGGAACGGUGGGUGGGGUGAUAUUAGGGAUCAAGAGCUGUGCGCUAAUAUGACAAGAAUAGGUAGACAACAAAGAAAAUAUAUGUACAACACAUAAUGUUAUUCCCGCUUCGUAACGGUUCCAAAUACGCUUAUAACCUUUAAUAAUGUGGGGGAAAUAAGGUGGGGCAAGGUUAUAGUCUGACCAGGAGAAUAAAAACCCUGAUCGAACUAAUUUGUUUUACUGACAACGUUUAAACAGUAUUGGCCGUUUAAUAAGUAAUAUUUUUUUUAGGUUAGUGCGGUUCAAAAUAAUAUAAAAUUUUUUUUGUUUAAAAAAAAAAUAUUAAUGUAGGUACUAAUUGUCAAUGAAGAAAAUAAUGUUUUUUUUUUUUUUUUUUAAAUAAAAAAGAAAUACAUCUGGCAGUCGUAAAAAAACUGUCCCCAUAAUUUUUUCAAAUUUUUUUUUUCUGCUUCUGGGGGGCCUUGGACCACGCCAGAUCCGUCCUAAGUUAAACGUAUUAAUAGUAUACAGUGUUAGAUAGCAAAGAUUGUUUUCGUUUCGUGGGUCACAUCCCAAUGUAGUUUAAUAAACUUGUCCAUUGUGGGUCAUGGUCCCCCAGAAUUAUAUUUAAAGCUUUACUUAAAGAUACAUGGAAAUUUUAAACAAAAAAACAGUUUGAAUAUGGUUCUCUAUAAUUAUUAUGAAAGAUGGAUGCAAUCGACUUUUAAACGUAAAAUCAGUUUGGAUUUAUGGACACUACAAUAAAAAAAAACUGAAAAAACACGAAAAAACCAGACAAAUUCGAUAAAAUCAGUUUAGUAAUUUAGUUUGUACGAAUUCACGUAUAGGUUAUAAGUUACCGAAGUGAAAUUAUUGCUAAUAAUUUGGACCGCACUGCACCUAACCCAUUAAAAUAUAAUCGUGGGGUCAACCCCACUUGUAGGGUCAACCCCAAAGUUCAUACCAAAUCAUUUUAAGCGUAGUUUGGAACUGUAAAUAUAGCUUUAAGACAAUAGUUGUUCAUUUGUAUUAUAGUAAAUUAAUUGUUGUAUUUACGAGGUGCUGUUACCAUGGUUUCUUUAGGGUUGUCAAUUCACGUAAAUAAAUUGUGAAAAUGGACUCCUUUAAAGUUAAGAACCCAGUGUUAGCUAUUCAAAAUCAGUGUAUAAUUCAAUAAAUAAAUCUAUGAAUGUUGUAAUUUUUUCGUGAUUGACAACCCUACAUGAAAACCUAACGCCUGGUCUAAACUGGCUUUUGCCAACGAAAUAAUAUAGGGCUGUCACAUUACGUCGACCAGGAUUUUUGAAAUUGGCAACCCUAAUUGACUUUUACGCCUGACAUGAAUUAGAUUUUGCUACCAAAUUGAAUUCGGGAAAAUACAGGGCUGCCAAACAUCUCGUAAGCCAGGGUUCUUAAAUAUAUAAAAAAUUGUUAACCCUAAAGCCUCAUUAGACGAAGCAAAUUUUUUGCAUCACAUAUACAAUUUUUAAGGUUAUAAAGUUACCCAUUUAAUACAAUGGCGAGGCAACUCAAGUCUUACUCGUGGUGGGGAUAAUCCAUUUAUCACAUAAAGCUCGAAAGGGAGGGAGGGGUUCUGAAAUAAAAUCACGAAAUAUCACACGGAGAGGGUGGUAAUGAGAUAUAACGUGUAUUUAUUUUCCGUUGAUGGCGCAAUUUAAUGUAAUUUCAAUAUACUUUGUACAAAAAAAUACACGUGAUUUUGGGUAAGGUGUGGGUAGUCUAAAACCUCACCACAUAUCAUCGGGGGUGGGUUAAAAAGCCACUAAAAACAUCACGUGAUUAAUGGACGACCCCUUGAUGGGUGAAACUUGCUUCAAUAAACUUGCUGCAAGAAAAUUGCUCCGACUGAUUGAGAGUACGUUGGGGCUAGAAGUUCUGAAAUGUCAUUUGUCUGAAUCUAAUAGGCUAUUUUAACCAAAAAUUCCUGUUCAAUUAAAAGAAACCUGAUACGAGUGAAUUAAUUUGAUAAUUUGGGGGUCGCGUCCCCCCAUCAAGCCGCGCAAUACGGCCCAGUACAGUAUUCAGUUUUGUAUUGGCCAGUUUUAUGUAGAUGCAUUUAUAUUUAGGUUGUGUGUUUUUUCCAAAAAUAAAUGCGUGAAUUUUAAAUUGUGUGAAAAUAGAAGUGUUAGUGAGAGUGAAAUCAAGGUUAUUAAAAAAAAGUUUUUUUUAAGUUUUUUCAUAACUUCAUUAAGAUUUUAUGACUUCAAGGUUAAUUUAUAAUUUUUUUUUAGUUUUUUCAUAAUUUUAUUAAGUUUUUAUUGUUUUCAAAUGACAAGAUCGUUUGAUUUCAUUGGAAUAAGGCUUUAAUUCCUUUAAAUGGUUUUUGGAAGCCAAUGUGUAAUGUAUUUCAAAAUGACAAAGACAUUUCAUUGUGUAUUUUCAUUCUUUGAGUAUAAUUCACAUUUUGCAAUGCUUUAUAUUACUGCUGCAUUCAGAAACUUCACUAAACUAUAAUGAUAUUUUUGUAAUCAAUCAAAUUAACCCCUAUUUUUAGUAAAUACAGAAAUAUAUAAUAAUAAAGAAGAAUUUUUGAAAAAAUAAAUGUCAAAAAAAUAUUAAAAUGAAAGUCCGUAUUCACAAGCGUUACUUAGCUAAGUACGGAGUACUUCUGAUAAUAAGUCUGUACUUUUGGCAUGAUAGUCGCAAUGCGUAGACAGCGCCCUGUGAUUGGCUAAUAUUGAAAUAAAACUUGACUUCAGUUGGUCAGCUGCCUGUGUUGUUUGCUUGUUAAUUAUGUCAAUAUAGAAAUAUUACAUUCCAUCUAUUAUGAAUUCUUGUUUUUCUAUUUUCACAUGGUUCUGUGUGUAAUCAUUGAGCAAUAAGUAAUAAAUUAUUAUAAAAAAAGGUAAGCAAAGCCAAAUGAAACUAUAAAAUAGCCGACAGUCACUACGCGUUCGCAUGUACUGUGUCCUCAUAGUAUUGUUUGUGAAAACGCUUGUGACGUUUUUGAAUGCAGCAGUUAAUGCUGGCGAUCCUGGCUUACAGGAGUUUCAGUAGAGGUAUUGAAUAGAGUUAUUUUUCACAGCAUCUAUUGCAAUGACGGGCAACAAGCAAUAUUAAUGAAAUAAUUUAGGUAGCCAACAUUGUAGCCAUAACUACUGGACAUAAUAAUUAACAUCUCAUGUCAGGAUGAGCGCAGUGGAAUACCAAAUACUUUAUAUAUCAAGGUGUUGGUGUUUCUACUGUUUAUAGUCGUAUCGCUUACCAUGAGGCGAACGGCAAGCUCGUCUCGUCAUUUAAAGAAAUAAAGAACUUCAGAGGUUGUCUAAUCGUUUGCCUUUACCCUAUUUUGAUUGCAAUAUUUUCUGUGAAAAAUUGCUCGAUAUAUUUUAAUGUAUUGACAUCAAAAUGUAUUAUUUCUAAUGUAUUAUUUCAUGUACUUACUUGUAUAUAAUUAGUAUUUAAUUUUUAUAAUAUUCAACGUUGAAUAUGAGAGUUUUAAAAUGUUUUUUUUUAUGUUAAAAUUGGAUGGGAUCUGGUGUGGGUCGUAUUCACGUAUAAAAUAGGGGAUCUUGGCCCCCAUCUAGUCUUAAAGUGGUCGCAUACUUUUUGUAUCGCAUUUAUUCUUUUUUUUUUUAGUUUUUGAGUCUUUUGCUUUUAAAGUAUUUUUGUUUUAUGUAUUUUUUUGUUUUUUUUCCAGUAUUAAGCUUUGUAUUUAACGCUUUUUUGUGUUUUUUUACUAUUUUUUAUUUCUCAGUAUUGUAUUUUCUGUGCUUUAUAUUUUACCUUUUAGAAUAUUGUAUUAUUUUUCGUAUUUAAUUUAUUCUUUUAUGGUCUAAACAUGAUCCCAUCCAAAAUCAAUGUUAAUGUAUUCACAAUUUUACAGUCCGUUUAUUGUUUUUAAACACGUAUGUAACAGAAAAAUCGCGUUAUAUUACGGUGCAAUGAAUAUAUUCAUAAAAAAAUAUAUAUAAUUUGAAAAACUUGAAAAAAAUACAUACAAGAUUCACAAAUUGUUGUUUAGCCAACUGCAUUAGAUAUCUUUUACGUAAAGCCUAAUUAUAUCUAGCCUAUUAUCGGCUUUAUAGGGAAUACCAGGCAGUGGCUCAUAGCACCAGAUCUUAGAGGUCUUCAGGGGUCAAAUUAUAUUUGACGCCUCAGAGCCUAAAACAAGCCCUAUCUGCCUAUAUUUUCGCUUACUAAAAAGAGGUCAAAUUAUAUUUGACGCCAGGGCCUGUCUGUUUUUCGACUUACGAUUUAAGCGACAUCUUAUAGCAACAUUUUUCUGUUACAUACUCAUAAUGUCAUAUACUCAACAAUAAUAGCGCACAAUUUAUAUAAUGUUAAAAAUAGUUAUAGAUGUUUUUAAUAGUUACUUUUAACGGACCAUUAUCUAAAUGCCUAGUUGAAGUUAUUUUUCCAAAACAUUUUCAAAUAUGUGCAAGGUUUAAACAAAGGAGUCCAGGUGCAAAGAUAACUUCGAUCAUUGGGUAUCGGGGUUGGCGAACUAUUGCCACGCGUGCCAGUGGCUGCACGAGACAAAAUAAUAUCCAACUAAAAACUUUUGGGACAUAAAAAGGUCGGAUAGAUAAGGCACAUUAUUAAUUGUGUUUUAAAUGGCAUGCAAUAAAGGUUCGUCAUCCCUGAGGUAUAUUGUUUUAGGAAUUGCGAUUCAUACAUUGAAUAAAAGAUUGUAAUAGCUUCUGAUACCGAGAAAAAUCACAAUAAUCAAGGUAGUUUUGUUAAAGUGCGGAGGCACGAGUUGUGAGCACGCUCGCGAUUAGUCAGUCGCCCAACGCACCGAUGUUUUAAUUGGUCGCUCAGUCGAUGCUCGUCUACUAUUGGCUUAUUAUACGCUACAAUUUCGUCUCGUACAUAUGCUCGCUCGCCUCAACCACAGUUCGUGCUCAUGGCUUGUGCCGCUUACUCCAAUGUGAUAUAAUUGUCGCUGUCGUCUCGAACUCCACUGAAGAAUACACAUAAAUUGGGCUUUAAUGUAAUUGAAUAUGCAAUUUCUAAUAGGGCACAUCUCAUAAAUAUAUCUAGAUCUAUAUCGAGAAAUGUAUAUCGGUCUCUUAAUAAAAUAAUGACCUAUUUCAAAAUUGUUAAUUUGUGGGAAUCGUCAAAGAAACGAAUUUCUGUUUGCGACCUUUUUUUUAAGUUGCUAUAAAACUUAACUUAUCAAAGAUAGGUCAAAAAUGAAACCUGUAGCAUGAAAAAAGGGGAAAAAGUAAAGGUUGCCAACAGAAAUUAGUUUUUAGACGAUUCCCACAAAUUAACAAUUUUAGAAUAGGUCAUUAUUUUAUCUUAAUAAAAGAUAUAAUAACAAAUAACAACAAAACUUCUGUAAUUUUUUAUUGCUAAUUGAACAACAAUUUUUUUUUACACUAUAGCAAAUUUCUAUUUCCUGAACUUCAUACAUUUUCAGACAUGUGCCCUUUUAGAAAUUGCAUAUUUAAUCAAGAUUUGUGAGUUUUGUCAAAACGAACACCAAAUUUAGCAGACCACAGCGACAAUGAUUAUAUUUCGACGGUUAUUUUGCUAUCGUAAUUUUAGAACUUAACGAUCGUUAACGGAUAUAACUACCGCCUUUUCAAUGAAUGUUUUGGUUGGUUUUCGCAAUCCUUGUUUUGAAAUCUUCGACAUCGAUCGUAAAAGAAUUUAUAUUAGACGAUUCUCUAACAGCAAUAGAGCUAAUACUAUUUAGGAAAAAUGGAAAGUGCUAUAAAAUUUAAUGCCAUUGGAGCCAAAAAUUAAUGGAAUUAUGAAAGUGUGUUGGUAGGUUAUAUUUUGUAUUUAAGUGCUUGUAUUACGAUGUGACAUUGUAUGACGUGUUGUGACGUGAUUGGACGUAGUGUAACAUGGUGUGACGUGAUUUGAAAUUAUUUUAUAUAGUCCACAAUAUCACCAUAUUUAUUAACUUAUUAUUUUUCACAGACAAUGCUAUAAAUGAAUCGAAGCUACUUCUAAAAGUAUUAUAUUCAUUCCUGUGAGUAUAGUUUCUACCAACACACUUAAAGCAACGGAUUAAAUAGCUAAAGUUGUUAAAGGGCUAAAACCUGUGAUGUAAUAAAUCGGUUGCACUGAGCAGACGCGAUGCGAGGUUUCUUGUAAAAAAAUACAGAUCCAAAUUUUUUGUUCCAAGAAAUGUUUUUAGGUUAGGCAGGCACUUAUUUUUCGGUAUUAAAGCCUAAUAUUAUGACAUUAAAGUUGAAAUUUAAAUAUGAAGCAUUUGUUUUGAUACGGCGUACCUGUGACUGCUGAUUAUUUGUUUUCUGUAUAUUGUAUUUCUUUAGUAAAAACUUUAUACAAAUGAAGUACAACACCUACUCACUAAAAUCUCGGAUAAGGUGAUAUUUUGAACACUCAGAACUAAUUUAACUCAGAAUUAAAUACCUUUAGGCUUUACCAUAAUCUUUAAACCAAAUUCAAAUAUAUUUUGUUUACGAUCAUCAGUCACAAGUUAUUCCGAAUGUCCUUUUGUUGAACUAAGGCCUCAGAAUUUCAAACAGACUUUAAUUACUUACAAAAGUACUUUUUUUAUUCUGAAGGUUCAAGGCCAAAAAGUAUUUUAUUUAGAUUUUUUAGUUUUGAACGUCCAUGUAUCAAACUGCGUGCCGUCGCGUAUGCUCAGUGUGGUCGAAACCUGUCGACGUAUAUGGAAUUUAAUAAAAUUUAACAGUCAUUGA